UACAUACUCGGGGCACAGCAGAGCAGAGUCAGACAUCAAGACAUCCUCAUCACAUGCACACACUGAGCUCAGGAAGCAAACCCACACACACACACUGCUUCGGUGUGCAGAGGAAACUCAGGACCGUCAGCUCUUAACAUCUGUCUUCCUGCGCUAGCCAGGCUCAGGCCACUCAGAGCUCUGCCGUCGGACUGACGAUGCCACAGCAUAUCCACAGUUCCCUAACCCACGUUCUCCUGUUGUGGAUCACCACCCUCUCCGUUGUCCAGCUUGGGUUCAUCGUCUUCUUCUUCACAGCUGGACAGUCUCAGAACAGUAGCGAUGUAGCAUCACAGCACACAAACGCAAAAAUCCAGGCAAACAAUACAUCCUCGUACCCCUCUGAGCCUGAAAUUCCCUUGGGCGGAGGCAAAAUGCUCACCUUUAGGGCCACUGAAGUCAACAGAAAUAUUAAGUGGGUAACAAAAAGUCCAGACGAACGCCUGAUCUCAGGAGCAGAAGGAGGAAAAGUUCUAAAAAUAAAGAGGGAUGGAUAUUACUUCCUAACUCUUCAGGUAACACUGAAUUCAUGCAAUGCAAAAGCAUUAUGGCACAGAGUCAGUCUGAAGGCAAAGGACAAAGAUCUCCUGAAGGGUUGGAUUAACAACAACACAUGCAGCACAGGCUCCCUCGCAAAGGUGGAGGAGCUUCCUGCUGGAAGCACCUUGGAGGUCACCGUCAACAAGACAGCUCCCAGUGAAACCAUUAAUGAAGAAGAAUCUCACCUGGAUAUCAUCUACAUUUUCAAGCCUUGGAAGUAGCUCUGACAUAAUAGACAUCUAUAUGCUAAAGCACUGGCCUGUUCCAGGGCACUUUCCAUUUCUGCCUAGAUGCCAAGAUGGUAGAGCGAACUUAUUGAUCUUACCAAACAAACCUCUGUCCUUGCCUCUGGAUUACCAGAUCACUUAACUGUCUUCCUGCAGUCAGAGAGGUGACUGAGUCGCAGAGAAUGCAGGAUUCAACACUGAGGAAUGUCUUUUACCUGCAGGCUGGGUAAAAACCACACCCAUUUAAAUUCUGGUCCACUCCAAAGAAAAAUCCACCCUAAAACAGAAUUGACAUUGAUUCAGCAUUCAAUUAUUUUGGCCAGUAAAGUAAAUUUACGAUAUAGCAGCACCAGGAUUGGUCUUAGGUUGAUGUCACUACAAAUCUGCUUCUCUGAGAUAAGAUAAGACAAGGCAAGGCAAGACAAGACAAGACAAGACAAGACAAGACAAGACAAGACAAGAUAAGAUAAAACAAGACGAGAUAAGAUAAGACAAAACAAGAUAAGAUAAGACAAAACAAGACAAGACAAGACGAGAUGAGACAAGACAAGACGAGAUAAGACGAGAUAAGACAAGAUAAGAUAAGAUAAGAUAAGAUAAGAUAAGAUAAGAUAAGAUAAGACAAGACAAGAAGACAAGAAGACAGCAGCACAAAGACAGAAAUAAGUGCAGAUAGAGGUGAGAGAUGUAAAGAAAUAUAAGAUAAAAAUAAAUAAAAUAACAGGUAUAUAACUAGUAUCAGAAUAGAAGUAAAAAUACAAACUAAAGGAAAGAUGUUUUCAAAUUCACACUUUAAAACUAAGCUGUACAGUACCAGAAACACAUGAGAUAUACUGUAUGUUCACAAAGGUUAGAAAAGCUAAAUUGUCAUUGCUUCUCAAAUAGCUGGGAUCGACCCAGCUGGCUAUCAACGUUGCAAGACGAUGAUAUUUGAUUGACUUUAGGUUGUGAUGUCGGGUGACCAAAAUCAAUUUAAUGUAGAAUGCAGAUGGUUUUAAGUCGUGUUGUAAAGUAACCAAAACUCAGCGACUUCCAAACUUCUCAUGCCAAUGUCAUCUUGAUGUAAGUAUGGAAAACAAACCCAGCAUCUGCAAAAUGUUAUAUGUUAAUGUCCAUGCAACGUAAAAUUCUAACGUCUAACGUAACGAUUUCCAAUCAAAAUUUAACGUCUGUCUGACGUAAGAGUCCAACAUCCGGUGCCAGCUGGGAAGGAGGACAUAUUUAGUUAUUUAUUUUUUCCCCUUUGCUGGAGUUUCUUAAUAAUAAUAAAAUGUGCAGUUAACUGCAAGAAUGUAUUUUGUGCCGCAUCUACCGGCAGAACUGUGUUAUUUGCACCACAGCUCCUAUUUGAUUUGUUUCUUUAUGUUUUGACGCAUAUGAAUUACAUAUUUAUGUUGUAUUUAUUUAUUGUUUGGACCUAAAAUCUAUUCUGUAUACAGAUACUGUAUUUAACAAAAUUUCACGGGCAGGUCAGAAACUAACCAAUGAAUGUAUGUCACUGUGUGACAAAGUAUGUCAUUGUGUGGCAUACAUACAGUAUAUUGUGUGUGAGUCACUGUGAUGUUUGUACAGUGUUUUCUGUAUUAAUGAAUAUAAUAAUACAGUGAAAAUUGUACAAACUGGAUGACAUGGUUGGUAUGUGUUUAUUAAGCUAAGACAAAAGUGCAAAAAUGUGGAUGUGAUUUUUUUAAAUGGAAACGUUUCACAAUCUGUGGUGAUUUCACAAAAUGGAACGUGUUAGUUAUGUAAUUAUGUAAAAACAAGAACCGCAUUAUGUACAUUAGUAUUCAUGAUCUAAAUUUAAAAUGAAAAGCGAAAAGAGUUGACAAACCGAAUCUCCUUCACUACCUGUAUGUAUCACACAUUGUAUCACAUGAAAUCACGACUCGUGGUGGUUUGUGCGGAAAGUUUCGUUUGUUAAGAGAGUUGAAAGAAAUAUUUGGUUUUGUCAAUGAUUGUCAGUUGUUGUUUUUUUGUUGUUUUUUAAUGCAACAAGGAUCUGCUCACACCCUGAUGAUGCAUGCAUAUUUGUGUGAUUUAAAAAGCAUUUGUCCUGGGAACUUUUUAACACGUGUCUUUACAUCUGACUACAUCAAGAUACUGUAACUGCUGCCAUGAAAAGGUCCAAAUUAAAAGCUAUAUGUUCAUCAUACUAUUUAUUUGAUGUGUU